AUGACUAGCACUAUCAAUAAGUCCGCUCUUUUAUCCUGGCUUGAAAAUAACCAAGCCAAACUCCACCCAUCUUUAGAAGUUCGCGAGUCUCCACUUGGCGGGUUAGGAGUUUAUGCCACAAAGGAUCUUGAUCCAGAAACCCUCGUUUAUCGUGAAGAAAUAGAUGGGGACAGUGGAGAAGAAGAAUUGGCUCAGCCACUCUCCAGAACUCCUAAGACAUCCAUCUUUAGUGCAAGAAAUUCGUAUAUUUCGAAUGUCCUAGAAGAGCAUGAUAUUCAUGGGGUUCUUGGGUUGAUCACCGCUUUUAUUUAUGAAUAUUAUAACUUGAAGGACGAAAGCCCAUGGUUUGGCUAUUUCCAAAGCUUCAAUUUGAAGACAUUAGACGUUCCACCAUCUUUCUGGGAAGACAAACAGCAAAAAUGGCUUAAGGGAACUGAAGCGGAACUAUUAGACGUGGUGAAUAACGAGGAGAUACUCACCGUGAUGGAUGUAUGUGUAGAUUUUGCCCAAUUGAUGAAAGAAGAAUUAGAAUUAGAAAUUCCUUAUGUUUUGGAUAUAAACCAAGAGAACGAAGAUGGUGAUGAGGAUGUUAAACGGUUGGAGCUUUUUGCCAAGAUUUCCGUGUUGAUUUCUUCUCGUUGCUUCAAUAUUGAUGGAUAUCACGAAUUUGCAUUGGUUCCAGCAGCUGAUUUGUUCAACCAUUCGAGUGAUUUGUGCAAUUGCCAUUUUGAAAGUAAUUACGAAGUUUGUGGUAUAUGUGGUAUGGUUGGAUGUGAUCACAUGGAUAUCAGUGAUGAUGAUGAAGAUAGCGAGUGGGAGGAGGGUGAGGAGCUAGAUGAUGAAGAAUUAGAUGGUGAAGUGUCUGACAGCGAAGCCUUAGAUGGUGAGGAAGCUAACGAAGAAUCCCAUGAAGAUGAGGAAACAGAAGAUGAAAUUAAAGAAUUAGACGAUGAUUUUAUUAAAAAGUUUGAAGAAGAAGAGAAGGCAAUGGAAGCUAUUUCAGAAACUGAACAAGAACAGAAUAUGCCUGAGUAUUUGAAAGAUCAUAAGCAUGAUGAUGGUGCUGAAAUUUAUUCUAUAGAUUGCUGUGAUAUUGUACUUCACGAUAAUAUUUCUAAAGGGGAAGAGCUUUAUUCUACUUAUGGCGAUCUUAAUAACCCUAUAUUAUUACUUAAGUAUCAAUUUGCAGAAUUGGAGAACCAGAACGAUUAUGUUUCUUUGGGUGCCCAGGUUAUGAAAAAUAAAAAAUCUCAACCAAAACUUGCAGGCAGAUUUAAAUGGUGGAGAGAAAUUGGGCGUGAUGUCUUCAAGGCCUGGUUGAAACAAAAUGCCGCAGAAGAAGGUGAAGAAGAUAGCGAUGAGGAUGAUGAGGAAGAGGAGGAUGAGGAGGAUGAUGAUGAAGAUUCCUGGAUCAGUGAUUUGAAAAUCAAUUCAGAAGGGGUCUUAUCAAAUAGUGUUCUGGCUCUUGUGAAGCUCUGUACCCUUAAAGAUGAGGAAUUUGAGAAAUAUUUCCAACCAGACCCUGAGCCAAAGAAAAAUAAGAAUAAAAAACAUAAGGCGUCAGAUACUGGUGACUCUCAAGAGAAAUAUUUCAUCAAGAUUAUGUCCAAUUUGGGAUGCCUAAUGGAAACUGAUGAGAAGUGUCAGUUGAUCUUAAAAACUUUAAUUUCUGAAAGAUUGGAUAAGUUGAUGAAAAAUGAGCUUGCAAAGAUGGGAACAGAAGAAUUAUUGAAAAUUAUUAACAAUGAUGAACAACCGGACAGAAGAAAAGUCUCAGCUGCUAUUAUUGUUCACAAUGAACUUAGUAUUUUACAGAGAGCAUUGGAGAAUGUCAGUGAACAAAAUUGA